UGGUUUCUGGCAGAGUUCCUCUAUCUCGUCUUGUUGCUGGUUGAAGGUGCCCCCUUCUCCAACUUUUCUUCAUCUCCUAGAAGACAGCAGAAAAUCGGCAUCAUGGUUGGGUUUAAGGCCACAGAUGUGCCCCCUACUGCCACAGUGAAGUUCCUGGGGGCUGGCACAGCUGCCUGCAUUGCAGAUCUCAUCACCUUUCCCCUGGAUACUGCUAAAGUCCAGCUGCAGAUCCAAGGAGAAAAGCAGGGGGCAGUGCGAUCUGCAGCCAGUGUCCAGUACCGCGGUGUGCUGGGCACCAUCCUGACCAUGGCGCGCACUGAGGGUCCCCGCAGCCUCUACAAUGGGUUAGUCGCAGGCCUGCAGCGCCAGAUGAGCUUUGCAUCUGUCCGCAUUGGCCUCUAUGACUCUGUCAAGCAGUUCUACACCAAGGGCUCUGAGCAUGCCGACAUCGAGAGCCGCCUUCUGGCAGGCAGCACCACAGGUGCCCUGGCUGUGGCUGUGGCCCAGCCCACGGAUGUGGUAAAGGUCCGGUUCCAGGCUCAGGCCCUGGCUGGAGGUGGCCAGAGAUACCAAAGUACUGUUGAUGCCUACAAGACCAUUGCCAGAGAGGAAGGGUUCCGGGGACUCUGGAAAGGGACCUCUCCCAAUAUUGCCCAUAAUGCUAUUGUGAACUGUGCUGAAUUGGUGACGUACAGCCUAAUCAAGGAUGCCCUCCUGAAGGCCAAUCUCAUGACAGAUGACCUUCCUUGCCACUUCACUUCUGCCUUCGGGGCAGGUUUCUGCACCACCAUCAUUGCCUCCCCUGUCAACGUAGUCAAGACGAGAUACAUGAACUCUGCCCUUGGCCAGUACAGCAGCGCUGGCCACUGUGCCCUCACCAUGCUCCAGAAGGAGGGUCCCCAAGCCUUCUAUAAAGGGUUCAUGCCCUCCUUCCUCUGUUUGGGUUCCUGGAACAUGGUGAUGUUUGUCACCUAUGAGGAACUGAAAUGGGCCCUCAUGGCUGCCUGCACUUCCCAGGAGGCUCCCUUUUGA